UGUUCAUGUCUGCCGUCAUUCAACGAAGGUGAGGGUGUAUAGGUGCGUCUUGUUUUGUGUCAAAAAGUUGCCGUAUGGACGAUUAAUAAUGACUUAAGCGACUCGAUCGAACAGAGAAAGAUGGGAGAUUUAUACCGUGGGUAUUGUCUCUCAUGGACUGGCCUUUUUAGAGAGAUAAUUCUCCGCUUAUUCCGAUGCUGAAGUGAACAAAAUGGCAGCUCAUCCAAAGUUUGACAAAAUGGCAGUCACAGUGGAUAACUCUUCGUCGAAUACUAGUGUAUAUGACACGAACUCAAAGGAGGAUUUGGACCAUAGACCUCUUAUGGGAGGAAUGAAAUCCUUAACAGACGGUAUGCAUAAAAAGAAAAGCACGUUCAAAAUCACAAGCGUGACGAAAAACAUUCAGCGCCCCCCGAUCGGAGGGGAUCCCCCAAACGAUGCAGAUGGUGAUUCUAUGGAUGAUUUAGACGAGACAGUGGAAAGUCAUACAGAAGAGCUAAGUUCAGAAAUCCUAGAUAGUUCCAAAUAUACAGAUCUAGGUGACCAGGACACGCCUUUGGAGGAUUUUACCCAGACGUUUGGCCAGGACUCGGAAGUGAUAAUUAGCAACACAACCGGUAAGGAGGUCAUAAGUAAAGAGAAAAGUGAUGUCCAUUCUAGUACGACCACUCGAUUUAAAGUGGUGAAAAUAGAGACAAAAGAACCAUUCAGGAGGGGUAGAUGGUUGUGUCAUGAUUUGCUUGACACACCAAUCACAGAAAAGAGUGAAACAAAGGUAGUGAGAGACUCGACAGAUGAUCAAGCUAAUUCUGGAAAUUCAAGUGCUUCAAGCUCUAUACAUUAUGUUCCCGGUGUUGAUGAUCCGGCCAAGAAUCCAUUAUCGGUGACAGGGUUGCAGAACCAAGGAACAGAUGGAUAUGUCAUUCAAGGUGAUAAUCAGAGUGAUAAAUUCCAGUCGAAACAGCAACCAGGAAUGGUGCCCAUUUCCAUGGAUAGCACACAUUCCUACAAUCAAGCGAAUCCAAAUGUGUCCCAGGUUCCUACUAGUUUACCAACCCAUCCAUCUCAAAACUACCAGGGCAUCAUUGUAAAUGCUGGUGCGGGAUCCCCUGGUCAGACCCGACAAGGUCUCCCCCAGACAGGCCAAGUUUCUGGACAUGGUGGGUCUAUCCCACCAGGCCAUGUACAAAAACCUAUGCAAGUCCAGACUCCUGUAGUAGAUAAUGCUAAUCCUAGUUCACAACAUUCAACAAUGCCAGUUACUGUUUCAUCAGGCACAUCACAAAUUCCAAACAGCAUUACCGGACAAAUGCCUCCUGCUUUGAACGAUCAGACGAAACUGCCGCAAGGAGGUACAGGUCCUGUUCCAAGUGGGCAGACCCAAAUCAACCAAAGUACUUUAGAUUCUAGCUCUAGCCCAGCGUCCAAUAAAGAUAAUGCGCACUGGAAUGAUUCGGAUGUGGGAGAGGGUCAUACUUUGAAUUUUAACAUUGCUGCUAGUCAGUCUUACAUUGACCAAACAGGCCUAGACAGUAGACUUACUCAUCAAUUGAAACCGGUUACCGUUCCUGCCAAUUUAAGUGAUUUUUCAGCCCCAAUCUUGACGCCAUUAGCUGUUGCUGAAGCUGUUGGUGGCAUGUCUAGUCCAACGAAAGCAGAUGAAAGUGUCCAGACUAAGAAUGUGCGGAACCCCUACAUGUGGAUGAGUGGGUCAAGUACAGUCGCCAUUGACAAUAAGAUAGAACAAGCUAUGGACCUGGUGAAGAGCCAUCUGAUGUAUGCUGUGAGGGAGGAGGUGGAAGUCCUCAAGGAGCAGAUCCAGGAACUCGUAGAAAAGAACAACCAGCUGGAGUACGAAAACUCCAUCCUGAGAGCCUCUGCCAGUCAGGAGACACUGAGCAAGCUCCAGGCACCACGCCAGUCACAACCUCCAUCGUCUUCAACGUGACCACGACACCCAUCACCAUGACUACCUUACGCUGAUCAUCCCCCGGUAUCGGUGAUGGGGUGUCAGUGUCAGUCAGAAGCUUGUCCGUGCCGCUAGUUCGCCAACAGUGGAAGUGUUUUCACGCUGCAUACUGCACGCACCCAAACGACUAGCACCUGUAUUCUUAUUUAUCCUCAUUUGUAAGAAUAUGGACAUCGCAUGGCUUCCAUGACUACCAACUGACAAGAGGCCGGUGUUCACCGUGGUAACGCAUUACCAAUAAGACUGGCUUCUGAGAGUUUCUGCAUUGCGUCUUGUGAUAAAGGACGUAGAAGAUCUCCACGGAGAUCUGUCCAUGAGACACCUUCAGAACAGGAAGUGACUGAUCUCGAGUGAUAUGGAGCAUCAGUGUCCAUGAACUCAAUCAUUACACUUCCAACGGAUGUUGAGGUCAUACCUGGGAAGUCUCAGCUGUGUUGAAUGUAAAGUUUGUUCCUUAAUUCCAAUUUUGAAGACUUUUAUUUCAUCCAUUUUAUGAAUAUCAUGAGUUGUCAAAUUAAAUAAACUAUAUCUACUGCAAUAUCAAGGACAAUCAUACUUUCUCCAAUGAUUCAUCGUGUAUGGCCACUCUAAUCCUUAUUUUUGUCAUUUGUAUCAACAUGUAGAUGUAUUUUAUUGUGUAUUUAUGUUUUCUUUAUGUAACUCUGCAUCUGGUGAAAUUGCCCAAAUGAAGAAGCAUGACAUUCUGCCUUCAUUUCACAAGCUUCAGUAGAAAUAUUUCAAAAAAGAAGAAUUAUCUCAAUGUAAGGUUAAAGGUCAUGACCUUUGACCUUGACCUCAGGGUCAAUUUUCUUGUGCUUGGCAACACAUGUUGUAAAACAGUCAUAUUGGUCCUGUAUACACUCUUGUAGCACUCUUGACAUAGAGCACUUCUGUUUUGAAAAAUGCAACCAAAAAAAAAGCUCUUCUUGACAACUGUUCUGCCUGUAUGCUUGCAUAUUUGUAAAAAUAAUGGCUUUAUUGUGGCAAAUUACAUUUUUUUAACCGAAAACACAAGUCAAUGGAGAGCAAGGAAAAAUGAAGAGGGAAUAUCCGUUGUUGAGUAUUUUUCAACAGAAUACCAUUCCACUCUGUCCAGAAAACAUUGCUCGGUGUCAGAAAUCAUUUAAUUCCUUGUUACUUGCACAAAAUUGUGAUAUAGCCUCCAUGAAUAUCUUAUUUUUUGCAUUACUAUUUAAUAUGGUAUGCUGAAAAUGUGAGCCAGAGCUCAAUAAGUGAAAAUGUGGGUACGAAUGAUUUUCUGCUUAAUCACAAAAUGCCUUGAAACAUGAUAUCAUUUUUAUGUUAUGGAGAAAGAGUAGUGGCCUAUAAGGAAUCGUCCAAAUAGUGUGAUAAUACGUAUGUGAAAGGUCAGUGGACAUUCGGCUAACGGCAGACAUUCCAGAACAUGGUAGAAAUGAUUCGCCCGUGUAAAAACAGUUCACAUCUCUCCCUGUGUGAAAAGCUUUACAGUCAUGAGGUAUCUCGUAUUUAACCUCUCAAUUACCAUUGUCCGACACAAACUUCAGAAUUGGAAAAACAUUUUACAUUUAUUUAUAACUGGCUGUACAUAGCAUAUUUCAUUGAGUGAAGUAAUAAUAAACUAAUUUCAUUUUCCCAAACUAUUCACGAAAAAGCUUUUUGAAAAUUAUUUCAUAAGCAACAACGAAUUAUCAUAUUUCAGAACCUAUUUUGACAUGAAAAUAUCAGAAGUUGUUUGAUUCAAUGUUUUAAAGAGGUUUCAUUGUCCAUCUUUUAAUGAAAUAAGGCAUAGAAGAGGCAAAUCGUUUUCAAGUGAUACAUAUGUAUUAAGGCUUUAAAUCCCAUCACAAGAACAAAACUAUCACUUGCUAUCUUCAUACAGGUAUUCUUUUAUUCUGAAGUUUUCACAACAAAAUCAUUAAGUUGGAUGACUAAGUCAUUACUCAUAAAAGUUAUUGAUUUCUGUCAAUUAUUUUGACUGAUCAACCACUUUUUUCCUUGCAAUGAUCACUCAGUUCUUAAUUCGGCUAUAAACACAUCAACUGUUUACAUUGUUGAAGUAUUGAUUUUUGUGAGCUUUCAGUCUGAAAAGGUUUUUAAACAUGUAAACAAAUUAUUUCAACUUGAUGCAUUGAUGUAAAAUUCAUCAUAUAGCUUACAUUCAAAUUCUUGCCUCACUUAGUAAACAAGAGAGAAGAGGACAGAUAUUUUCUCUGUCUCGUUUUUUGUUGUCAUACAGGGGGAUAAUUUAAUCCAAAGUCUGAGGACAUGUUUUACUUUCUAGACAUUCAUACCGAUGCGUUAUGAUACGUGAUUUUCUUCUACAAUAGUGCUGUUUUAUGUACGUAUCGUAUGGAUAACAGGAAUGUGGACAUGUCUUUCCUGGACGGAAGUCAGUCGUUUGCAUGAACUUGUUUGGAUAUAGUUACAACAUGACCAGGGGAGAUAACUCUGAAUUUGUGCCAUGUCUUUUAGUGUGUUACUUAGGCUGUUGAAUUUCUCCAAAGAUGAUUCAAAUGUGAUGUAUACGACUUUGUUAUCAAUAUUAUAUCUUAACGGACACACACUCAAUAAUGAUGUUGUUUGUUUGUGUUCCGUACCGUGCACUGAGAUUAUAAUCUUUCUGUGAUGAGGAGGUCAAGCUUCCACAUGAUUAAGAUUUUUUUUCCCAUUUUCCGGGGUUGCUAAGAGGAAGCUGGGAAAAUAAGCACUAAGGCAGUUGAGUUUUGUGAGAUUAUGUGAAAGAGAGUAACCAUAAGGUGGAUCAUUAGUGUAUAGCAAAUAAAGAUGGCAUGAUAAAUUAAUCUUAAAAUGAUACCAAUUAUGUAAAGAAAUUUUAAAAACCCACUAUUUUCGUACAAUGGCCAGUUUGUUUCUGUUUAAAACACUUGUCAUAUUUUUUAGAUGUAUAGAAGCAGAAGAUUUAAUUAAAGUUAUAUUAGUGUUACUCUCAUGUACACUAAAUAUUGUCGUUAUUUUUAUUCUUGUGCAGAAUUUUCUUGGCUGUGCAAGACGUAUUGCCAGUUCUGCAAUUAUGAUGCAGUAUAAGCACUAAAAAUAUGAGAAAUAUUCCGGUGAAUUUAUUCUAGACAAACAAAAGAAUGAAGGUGAUGUGCGGUUUUAGGUCAAUAUAUCCGAUCAUUGAUGACAUUCUGAACAUGUUUUAAUGUUCAGAUGAACGAAUUUACAAAUGUGAAAAUUGACUUUAAUGGUAAAUUAAAAGUUGGCUUACAAAAUUAGUCAUAGUUUCUUUAUUUGGAAGUUUUGUAAGCAAUUGUUCAGCAGAAUACCAUUAGCUGACUGCAAAUAUAAAAGAAUUUUUUAUUUAAUUCUCCGGAAUAUUUUCUGUAGAUGGGGUAAAGAUUUGGUACUUUUCCUGUAAGACCAGAAUGGUUUGUAGAAACACUCACUCGCCUAUAUGUAUAUAUGUAUAGUACGCAACAAAUCUGAUUGUAUUUUAAUGCCAAUGUAAUAUGAAUGAAGAGUACAAUUGUACCUUGGGCGUAAUAAAUAUUUACAACCGCUU